CAUUCAUACAGAACUAACAAAAUUGUGAUAAUGGCAGAAGGAAAAGGAAGAGUUUGUGUAACAGGAGGUACAGGUUUUAUUGGUUCAUGGAUCAUCAAGAGUCUCCUUGAAAAUGGUUACAGUGUUAAUACCACUGUUAGAGCUGAUCCAGAGAAAAAGAGAGAUCUUAGCUUUCUCACGGAUCUUCCAGGAGCAUCUGAAAAACUAAAAUUUUUCAAUGCCGAUCUUGACGAUCCAGAAAGUUUCAAUGAAGCAAUUGAAGGGUGCGUUGGAAUAUUCCACACCGCUGCUUCAGUUGAUUUUGAAGAGAAGGAACCAGAAGAAAUAGUGACAAAAAGAAGCAUUGAUGGAGCUUUAGGAAUUUUAAAAGCAUGCAAAAACUCUAAGACAGUAAAGAGAGUUGUUUACACUUCAAGUGCUUCUGCUGUUUAUUGUCAAGACAAAGAAAAAGAAAAAGAUGUAAUGGAUGAAAGUUAUUGGAGUGAUAUAGACAUUCUUAGAAAUUAUAAACCAUUCGGUUGGGCUUAUUCGGUUUCUAAGACACUAGCAGAGAAAGCUGUUCUUGAAUAUGGACAAGAAAAUGGAUUGGAAAUUGUGACUAUUAUACCAACUAUUGUUGUUGGACCCUUCAUUUGCCCUAAGCUUCCUACCUCUGUUUAUGGUGUACUACCUUACUUAUUUGGUAAUACUGCCAACAGUCCAAUAUCUCGUUUUCAUAUGGUGCAUGUUGAUGAUGUUGCACGAGCACAUAUAUUCUUACUUGAACAUGCUAAUCCAAAAGGAAGAUACAAUUGUUCACCAUUCCUUGCAACCGUUGAGGAAGUAGUUGACAUUGUUUCUUCAAAGCAUCCCGAAUUUCAAAUUCCAAAGUCCAAAUUGCUUGAGGGACCUAAAGGUCUCGAGCUUCCACAUUUAACAUCAAAAAAACUCACAGAUGCUGGAUUUGAGUUUAAACAUACUAUUGAGGAAAUGUUUGAGGAUGCAAUUCAAUCUUGCAAGGAAAAAUGUUUCUUUUAACCAUCAAAUUAACAAGAUGGUUAACCAUAAUUAAUAAAUAAGAUGUCAUUAGGCACGGCUUAAUAUUUAUUUGAUAUUUGAACACAUACGUUUCUCUUGUAUUUCGUCAUGUUGCAAUUGCUUUUGGUACAUGUUGUGCUAUUUUUUUACUUGUAUACUAUUUUUUUACUUGUUCACAACCCAAAAUCUGACCAACUGAGCUACGCGCUCAGUUUGUAUAACACACGCAUUCAAAUCAUUAUAUUUUAAAUUU